CCGGAAGCACGAUUAAUGACCCCAACCGUCGUUUGUCACAUUUUAGCUUCGUCUGUUAAAUAUUGACUGAUUUUGUGUUAUUUUUUCCAUCUUGUCGUCGGAGAGUGAAGCACGUUUAUAAGUUAAAAGGCCAGAAAUAAUCCGCCACCAUGUUCCUGACCCUCACCCUGCUGCGGAAAGGCAUCCCCGGGAAGCAGUGGAUCGGAAAGUAUCGCCGCCCACGACAAAUUACAUGGCAGAUGAAGCGCAAUAUGGUGAAGAAUCUGGAGCGUGAGGCUGAGAACGAAUACUGGAUCAGCAGGCCGUACAUGACUCCGGAGCAGGAGUACUGCCACGCCGUGGAGCGCAGGGCCGAGAACUGGCUCAAGAUCAAGGAGGCCAAAUUUGCCAAGUUUCCUGAGCACAAGCACAUCACAGAUCACCUGAGUCAUCUCAAAAUCACCAAGACUUGGUCAAGUUAACGUGAGGGAAGAAAUGACAAACAAAGACUGUCGCUAUGAUGUGACAAUAUCACAUGUUUGUGUGUGCAAGAAAGCUUGGUUUCGUCAAUGUGUGUUAAUGGGAAGCAGGACUUUGUGUCAGCUGAUUAUUGUCAGCCACAUCCACAGUUUUGACCCUGUCUGCCUCCAUGAAACAAAUCUGUAAGCUGUUUGUUUGGGGUUCUGUAUCACAGACUAAACACUAACAGGACUGUAAUUGCUCCACAUUCGGUGCAGCUCAUCGGAUAAAAACAGAUUAACAUUCUA